AUAGCUCGCCAAAUUAUCGAUAGCGUCGACGGAAGGACAACAACAAUAUGUCUGAUGUUCAAAAUCAACGCAAAUAUUUUGUAUCCCCCAGUUAAUAUAAUUGAGACUGCACAAUGACAACCGACGAGAGCAUAAUGGAGGAGAUGCUGGAGAGAGCAACAAAUCCGGCACAGAAAAUCGACGAACUGGGCGUGCAAAUGUUCUGCAUUGUGGUCAAAAGCAACGCCCAAUUGGUGCACAAGGCGCAGGAGAUGAUUGUGGCCAAGGUGCGAUCCACAAACGUGACGGAGGCGACGCGAGCGAUUUCGCUGCUGGAGGAGUGCAUGACGCAGUGCGGCGACGACUUUCAGGACGAGGCGUCCAAAUUCCGCUUUCUCAACGAACUGAUACGCCUGGUGUCGAAGAAGUACAAGGGCGCCGAGACGCCACAUGAAGUGAAACAGCGGAUCAUGGAGUGCCUACUGCUGUGGACCACCGAGUUCCCGCAGCGCCAGAAGAUACGCGAUGCCUACGACAUGUUGCGCAAGGAGGGGGACAUCGAACACGGCACCACGGAGGCCGCGGUGGCCAAAAGGGAGAGCGUACUGGGCACCAUUGACGAGGCCAUGUUCGCUAAGCUGAUCAAGAGCAAUAAUCCCGAGAACUUCAAGCGGGCCAAUCUACUGCUGCAGUAUCGGAUGGCGCAGGAGGCGCGUCGCAACGAUCUGCUGGCCCAGCAUCGUCUGGUCCUUUGCGAGGUGCAGGAGACGAUGCAGCUGCUCAACCAGAUGCUGGACACCUACGAUCCCUCCAACCAGGACGUCAGCGAAACGCUGCACGAGCUGUACAAGAGCUGCAAGAAGCACAAGCCCAUCUUUCAGCAUCUUCCGCAGCUGCUGGACGACUCCGAUGCGCAGCUCGUAGCUGACACUCUGGAUGCCAAUGGCGCUCUACUGGCCACAAUGCAGCGCUACAAACUUCUGGUGCCAUCGUCCACAAGGAACACCGCUUCUGCCUUGACCACGAGUGCUCCAACAGUAGCUGGUUCAGCGAAGUCCACGGCCAACUCGACCACAGCCACCACUAGCUCCAAUAACGCCCAGUUGCUAAACGAACUGCUUGGCGAUUUGCUCAUCGACGGAAGCAACGAAGCUACCACUACAGCCACCACAAGCCUACCAAAUACCGCCAGCAGUAGUUCCAAUGCCGCAGCCAUCGGGGCGAAUCCGCUGGCCGAUUUAAGUGACAUCUUCAGCAGCGCUCUGGCCGAAAGCGAAGCGAAGCAGCAGAGCCAGCCAUUCCAGAAUGCCACCACGCUGCUGGAGCCGCAGGUCAUUAGUCAGCGCACCACAACCGAGACUUUGUCCAAUGGCAACGGAGGCAGCGCCUUCAAUGUGCCGGAAACAAUCAGAAAGAUGCCGCAAAUCGAUAUGCUCAGCGAGGAGCUGUUCCAGCAGAUCCUGCCCACCCAGGAUCGGAUGCCCAGCUUCAAACGGGAACCAGAGAAGAUCACGCUAAACGACUUGGCACGCGAACGAAAUCACAUGAACGAGCCAGAGGAGCCAAAGACAGCUAAUGAUCCAGCUUCUGAUAGUGCUCCUGCUACUGCCACUGCUACAGCUACUACUGAUUCCAUAGACGAUGUUCCUUUACUCAGCGAUGAUGCGGAAAAGAAGGAUGAAGCCGUCGUAGCUCCAGUGACAGUUGUACCGCCGGCCAAGCCGCUAAGCGAAAUCAAUGUGGAACUGGACAACAUACAAGCCACCGGAGAGCAGCGCAUCGUUCUCGACGACGACGACAUGCAGCUCAGUCUGAACUUCACCAGCGAUCGGCCCGGCCAUCGUGUGUCGGUGAUUGUGAUAUCGGCUCAGAACAAGAGUCGUCAGCCAGUGCGCGACUUUCAGUUCGAUGCCAGCGUAAAGAAGCCCUGCAAGGUGCGCCUGCUGCCGCCGACGGACAGCCAGAUGCCGCCUCACAAGCCCUUCCGCCCGGCCACGCCCAUCAAUCAGGUGAUGCUCCUGCUGAAUCCGACGGGCAAGGCCGUGGACGUAACAUGCAUUGUGGGCUACAAGCUGGGCGACGAUCCGGAUCCCAUCAAGGAAUCGAUUGUGGCCAAAGGCAUUGACUAUGUGGACUAAAAUACCCCGGCAUCCAAGCAUCACCCGCUCCCGUCCACUGAAAGCGCAGGAUGAAAAUGAAAAGAACGAAAGACAGUCAAUUUUCCGCAUCUAUGUUUUAUCUUAAAGAUACACUUGGUUUUUCAAUUUCUGUAUUGUAUGUAUAUGUACGCUGGUAAGAUUUUUAUUCAAAUUGCAUUUUGCGUACAAACGAUUUAGUCGUAAUAUAAUUAUGUAUCAAAGGUUUAUAAAUUAUGAAAAAGUCGCUACAAAA